AUGCGGCGAUCGGCUUCCCGGGCGUUGAUUUUCCAGGAGCAGGAUGACAUCGCCAGGAUUGUGAGGUCUGUAGGCCAGGAUUUGGAGCAGGCGCGGUGGAUUCACGCCCAGAUCGAGCAGAGCCAGCACCGGCGGAAUCGAUUCCUGGCCAAUCUGCUGGUGGAAAUGUAUGGCAAAUGUGGCAGGAUUCGCGAGGCUCGCGCGGUGUUCGAUGGCAUGGUCGAGCAACCCAAUGAUUUCUCGUGGAACAUCCUGGCGUGGGCGUAUGCCACGAAUGGGCAAUUGGCGGCCGCGGAGGAGAUCUUCCAUAGCAUGACGCUGAGGAGCUCUAGUGGGCAUUUGCAAGAAUCUAGUGAGGUGUUCUUGGCUAUGCCUAAGCGCGACGUGAUCUCCUGGUGCUCUCUCCUCGCCGGAUUCGUCCUCGCCAGCGAUCCCUCCUCCGCCCAGAGGUUUUUCCAGCGAUCGCCAUACCACGACCGCGUGAGCGCGACAUCGGUGCUCCAGGUCCUGGGCGGGGAUCAGGGGCGCGUGAUCUUCGACCGGAUGGAGGAGCGCGACAAGAUCUCGUGGAAUGCGAUGAUCGCCGCGAAUUGGAGCUCCCUGGAGGGCGCCCGCGCGGUGUUUGAUCGCAUCCCUCUGCGCGAUCUCGUGGCGUGGACAGCGAUGAUCCAAGCCAGCGCCAGACUGGGGCUCUUCGUGGCGGCCAAGGAGUUCUUCGAUGCGAUGCCGGGGAGAGAUCUCAUGGCCUGGACGACGAUCGUGGCUGGAAGCAGCGAAUUCGCGGCCGCCCAGAUCGCCUUCUCCAAGAUGCCGCAGUGGAGCGUCGUGUCGCUCACAGCGCUCCUGGAUCAUCACGACGACCAUCGCUCCACUGGGAAUCUCUCGCUGGAUCUCUUCGAUCUCUUUGAUCGAAUGCCCGAGAGGAAUGUGGUGUCCUGGACGGCAAUGCUGGGAUCGCUAGCGAGGAGGAUGGAUCUCCUCGCGGCCAAGCGCGUCUUCGAUCGAAUGCCACAGCACACGAUCGUGUCCUGGAACGCGAUCAUGGCGGCCUUCGCGCUCUCCAGCAGCGCCAUGACCGCGAUCGUGAGCUUCCAGCGAUUGAUCCUGGAUGGAUUGCCGGUGAAUUCCAUCACGUUCCUCGUCCUCCUCACGGCUUGCAGCCACUUGGGUCUCGUGGAUCAGAGCCGCGACUACCUCGUCGCCAUGGCUAUGGAUUUUGGAGUCCCUCCAAGCGUGGAUCACUACUCUUGCAUGGUGGAUGUUCUUGGGCGAUCCGGGCAGCUCCAGUUCGCGACGAGCUUGCUUGCGACGAUGCCCAUGGUGCCAGAUUACGUUGCGUGGUGUAGUGUUCUGAGCGCUUCCAAGAAUCUACACGAUGUGGAGAGUGGGGUUUUCGCCGCGAGAUCCGGGCUUGAGUUGCGAGCUCGCGAUCCGGGCUUGAAUCUACUGCUUUCGAACAUCUACUUUGGUGGUCUCCAGAGAAUUUCUCCAGAUCUUUCGUGA